UCUUGUCAUUUUAAGAAUUUUUUUUUUAAUGUCUAGGCUCCUGAAGCUGACUUCCUACUAAUGACUGCUAACAUUUAUGAAAGAAAAAAUGUUAUCCUCUGGUGUUUAAAAAAGUGGCUUGACCGACAUCACACGGUAAAAUAAACAUUUUUGAAAAUUUUAUUUCUUGAAAAAAUAUGUCACAGCAUUGUGUUUACUUGUCCAGCAACAGAGGACCACCCAUCCUUCUGUAAGAUCGGCUUUCCUGCAGGCUUUCCACAGUGUCAGUGUGUGGAAACUCUGAUAUUCAGAGAAAAAGCGGGUAAUGGCCUGAUGGCGAGUGAGUGGUGCAGCAAUGCUUGCAGGAGGAUCGAUGUCUCCCAGUCUCCAUUGCAUCCACACGAAAGCCGAUCACCCGACUGAGGGAGGGACCGACCCUCUCACGUGCCGAGAAAUGAUCACCCGUUGCGAAACUAAUCCCCAGAAGUUGUAUGUUUAAAAAUAGACACAAAGAGAGGUUAGGUGGAGGGGUGGGGAGAGAAAUUACGAGGGUGGGGCUGUACCUCAAAGUGCCUAGAGACAAGAAUUUUUUUUUUUUUUUACAGCGUUCAUAAGGGAGGCAAGGACCAACAGGACAAACUGUCCCUCUCUGUGGUGCCUAUUGACACGAUGUUUGACCGAUUUCCAGGUUGAAUAAUUAACGAGAGGAUGGGAGGAGGAGAUUAUUUGGUUGCGGUCUACUUUCACGCAAAUCAGAGCAAAAUAAGUGGGAGAGAAUGAUGAAAAUAUCCCUUGCAGAAGCCUUUAUGUAAUUGUUGACAUUACAGUUUUAUUGUAACGGUAAAUUGUGACCGUUGAGAUAACUGUUAAUGCGAAUGUGAGGAUAAAUAAAAAGCGUAGAUGCACUUUAUCGGAAACGAUCCUUGUAUAAUUCACCUUUCUUGCCGGUGAUCGAAAAGCUGGGGUGAGUAGUGUGUAGUGAUUUCCGCCUGUGCGCACGGAUAUAAUCCAACACGUGAGAUGAUACCCCAAGUCGGGUAGCAAGCACGGGUAUCCUGCUCGCCAAUGCAUGAUCUAGUGGAUCUUUGUGACUAACAGAUUAUUAUCAAGAAUACUACUGUAUCUCUUCGUAAAAGAUUAGAUGAGAGAUGCGAUGCGUUCCAGCUCAGUGUGGCGAUAUCCGGAGCUGAUGGAUACCAAUGUACCCGAAAUCUCCUUAUCUCUCUUGACUGGUUGAACCACACCCGCUCGAUGUCCAGCAACAUGUGAAGAGCUUCUAGGAUUUCCGCAGGCCUUCCAACAUCGAUGCCCGUCAUUAACACCGGUCUGUUAUGGUGGCGGAAUGAUUGGCUAGCCGAGCUGUUUGGGAAAACACGACAGACUAUUUUUUUGUGGAGUUUUUUCUUUCUCUUUCUCUCUCUGCGCGCAGUAAUCGCAGUCUGACCCGCGCCUUCGCUUCUGGAUGGAGGUGCGUGCAGGCGGUGGUGUGUGUGCUGUAGUGACGCAGCUGUUGUUGCUGCAAUGCUGCAACGUAUGCAGACGUGUGUGAACGACAGAAUUCAGAAACGAUAAGACAGCAAGACAUCUUAAGUAGACCGCCAGCCUUACUCCAGGUGCUUCUAAAUAAAUAAAGAAAUCAAUCUAUAAAUAAAUUAGAUUGCAUGGGUAUGUCACGUGAUAGAACCUAAUCCGACUUCAAAGGAAAGGAAACAUGAAUAGAGCUGAGAAUUUUUCUAGAAGUUCAUCCUGAAAGUAGCCAUUGUCGUUUCUGCCCCUGUUUGUUCCAAGAAUGUCCCCGUGUUCGAGGAAUGCCUCCAGGAGGAGCAAAGAGUGGUUUCCCCAGACCCUGGAGGCACGGUCAUCACAAAUCCCUCAUCGGGUGUGUUACCUCGAGGGAAGUUUUCUUGGACAUGCCCAGGAAAAGCUGCAGUGAGAUCCUUCACGCAUGAUCCUUUUGUCCGAAUCGCCAUGGAGACAGGCAACGAGAAAUGCGUUGCCUCUCGCCCUUGCCAGGAUGGAAACCCGGAUGUGCAGGGCGAUAACGAUAGACCGCCCACGAUCCGCUCGUUAGCGCUGUCGGCUGCGCUGCCCAAUCUCCCAGACAUCAGUGCUGCGCAGCGCCGCUCUCUAUCACGUGACUUUGCAUUUCCGGCGCAAGCCACUGAGCAUGAACAACUCCCUAAAAACAGUACCGCAUCUGAGAAAGAGAAAUCUUUCGGUACUGUGGGUAGCAUGCGAUCUAUGAUCACCAUACCGCUGCCAUCGGCACGAAGUGAUGCAGAAGAUGAUCUCUGUCCUGCUGGUGUCGCGAUGACUGGACAUCCCACCGAUCACAAUAGUUUUGUAAGUGAGAGAGAACAACAACAUCGGCUCCGUUCACCAGUUCUGGUGUCCGCCUUAAAGCACAAAGGACGAGACAAGUGUAGAAGAACGAUAUCCUUACCCGAAUGCACUCCUACAGACAGAACAAAAAUCGCCCACCCGAGGAUUCAUUCGGAUUCAAGCCUGGGUGUAGGUAUUGGGGGUGAAACCGAUGCGCCACCGCGGAAAGCAAAGACUGAGUUUUCUUGGACGUCGGUUGAUGGCGGCCUGUCCCGGUCUCGGCGGUCGUUGUCGAGCGAUUGUAGCGAAAGAACACCACUGGCAUGCCACAGCACCGGCAUUUUGUCGUCGUCGUCGUCGUCGUCGUCAUCAUCAGCAGCAGCAGCCGCACGCCGCCGGAUCUCCUUUCCAGCAGACUCCGUUCUCACAGCCGUCAUCCAGGACGGUGACAACGCGGAGCUGCUGCGGCUUCUAACGGGUCGUCGUGCGCCGGGUGUGGUUCAAACCCCCAGCGUGGGCGUGGACGUGCGGCAGACGAACCACGUGGGUCUGACAGCGCUGCACCACGCCAUCCUGGCCAACAACCUGGACGCCGCCAAGCUGUUGCUGUGCCACGGCGCCGACGUCAACGCGCAGGACGUGCACGGUUUCUCUCCCUUGCACACGGCGGCGGCUUGCGGUUCCCUGUCCCUGACCUCGCUGCUCGUGCUCUUCGGCGCUGACGUCCUGGCUCUGACGCACGAGCAGGAACUACCCGUUGACGUGGCCAAGGACCUCGGGGUCACGCGCCUGCUGCUUGGGGAGAUGACCCGACGCUUGCAGGAGGACCUGUGGCUGACAGCGUUCGUGCACGCACGUGCUACAGACGCCUGGAUGCUGGCGCGCAAGCUGCUGGCCUGGGUCGUCCUGCUCGUGCUGCAUGUCCUGCCCAAACUUUGGAACACUAUAUGUCGGCACGAGAAGCGGGACUAGUGGGUCACGAAAAAAGAUAUUUUCGAGACAGUGAUAUUUUUGUGUUUACAUUAUCGGCAGUGCAAGAAGCGUUUGUCUUUAUGUAUUUUUUCCUCUUUUGGAUAACCUGGACUCCUUUUUUCUUUUGUUUGCAGAUAAUUUUUUUCAUAUCAUCGACGACGGUUCCUGAAUGGCCACAACGCUAACCCAGCGAUCUAGAUAAUGCUCGUCUGAACACUGUUCAUCUAACUUGUCAUUCAUGAUAAAAUUUUGCCAUUAUGAAGCCUUAGUAGCUGACUCGGCUCUAACCAGAGCUUUUAUUUAAAACAUGAUAAUAAAUAUAUUUUCUUCUAAUCAUAUUAUUUUCAGAGCACGGUGUAGGUUGAUCGCAAUGGCAUCACCGGACUAUUUCAACAAAUGACUUCAUGUAUUAGUUUAUUUAUGUGUAGACAGAAGUGACAUUUUCAAGAACUGCGGUUUAUUAAAAAAGAAAACAACAACAAUAAACGUGACAAGAGUUGUAUCACGUGUUCAAGUAACUAAGCUUCGUUUUAGUUAAAUCUGGUAUGUUAAACAAAUUGGAAUUGUGAAUGAAGGUUUGACUGAAGAUGGU